CGGGAAGUGUAGUUACCUUGGAUCAUCUCGGAGCAUAAUCAUGUACUGGAAAACUGCCCGAAAACUGCGACGUAACAGUAUCUGCUCCGGUCGGCGAACUUGGGAUAUCACAGCAUAGCCAGAUUGGACAGGUGGAAGCAUCGGCGCAGACAAGACAAGACAAGACAAGACAAGUCCAAGUCGAACCUUCACAGGCGGAGGCAUGUGAUUGUUUAACAAUUUCAACGCGUCAAUUUCCAAUUUGCCCUCUUUCCUGUUUGUUCAAUGCCAUGGAUGAACUCACCACCUACAUCAAGGGAAUAAAUACUCGGUCCUCCCACCUCGAUAAAGCAAACGAGUACCUUCGACAAGUGUUCAAUUUCGUACACCAACACGUCGUCAACAAGCCAUUGGAGGCUCAACCCGUCCCUUUAGAGCUUCUAAUAUUUACCAUAGAUCAAAGCAUCUCUCCGUUGUUCGUCGUAAAUGCUGAAGCCUACCCAAAUUUGCUCGACUUGAUUGCCAGUGUAGAGCAGUAUCGACGCACGCUUCUGAAGAAGGCCGAGGACGCUAUCGUGUGGGAUAAAGCCUGUACUGGUAUGGGUCGGAUUGACGAGGCUCUUACAACUGAGGAGCGUGCAUCAUUAUAUGGCAUGGCAAAUCUGGCAGCGGCUCAGCGAGAGCUUUUCAUAGCGAUCGUGGCGGACCUAUGCAAGAUGGACAUAUUCUACUUGCUCCGGUCCGAAGACCACCAUCUCACCGACGUGAUGUUACGGCUCAGCCAGUACUUCCCGUGGUUACCCUUACGCGACAGUGUGCCUAUCGACUCUCCUUUUCUUUUCCUGCGAGCGGAUCUUGACGAACCCGAACGCAAUCUCUUACUCGAGGCCGGCAAAUCAUGCUACCAGACUCUCGUCGAUCUCUACGAAUGGACCAAGAAACAAAACUCCGACGAGUACGUUCUUACACUCUCUUGGACUUUAGUCUUUUUCCUGAAUCAAGGUGCUGCCUCAAAGUCUACGCACUCUGGUCACCAGGAGCGAUGAAAUAUCCAAUAUCAUUCCCGAGUUUGACAAACCAAGUCUGGUCAGCGCUAUCCAUCGCUAUACGGAUGCUGUCAGUAACGUUUAUUCUACGCUCCAAGAACUGUUCCCGCCUACUACCGGCAGCCGAUAACAAUGGACGUUCACAUACCACGUGGUAUUCCCUUCGGCGUUUUCGUCAGCAUCAGUUGCUAUCAGCACAAUCCUCUGCUAUUACCAGCCUCCAGGAUGUUAUGUGUGGAUUUGCUCAUCCCAUUGCGCUUGCCAAGGAUCCGGAGGCACGCAAAGCAAAGUGAGUCUAACUCACAUCAAUGAUGAAUCAUAAAGUAUUUCUUAAUGUUUACAUUAAACUUUAGUGUAUAUAUAUAUAUAU